AUGAGGAUGAGCUCGGUUGUCCGAUCCUUAUGCUUCUUCUUCAUUAUCUUUUUGUUCCUCGUCUCUUUUACACUCGGCAAGUAUCAAGCAGAUGAUCCCAUCACACUAUGGGUAAACAAGGUCGGUCCGUAUAACAACCCCCAAGAGACCUACAACUACUACAGCCUUUCAUUUUGUCAUCCACCUGGAAAUGGUGCUCACAAGUGGGGAGGCCUUGGCGAGGUUCUUGGAGGAAACGAACUUAUUGAUAGCCAAAUUGAUAUAAAGUUCAAGAGAGAUGUGAAAUUGACGACUAUAUGUGAACUUGAACUGGAUGCAGCUAAGGUUAAACAGUUUAAGGAUGCAAUUGACAAUUCAUACUGGUUUGAAUUUUUUAUGGAUGAUUUGCCACUAUGGGGUUUUGUUGGUGAGGUGCUUCCUGAUAAAAAUCAUGAUACAAAGCACGUGCUUUGGACACAUAAAAAUCUUGUCGUUGAAUACAAUAAGAACCAGAUUAUCCAUGUCAAUCUGACUCAGGAAAACCCUAAGCCAAUUGAAGAGGGGAGAGUGUUGCACAUGACUUAUUCUGUCAAAUGGAUUCCCACUAACAUUACGUUUGCACAUCGUUUUGAUGUUUAUCUGGACUACCCCUUUUUUGAGCACCAGAUUCACUGGUUCUCAGUUUUUAAUUCUUUCAUGAUGGUGAUCUUUCUUACCGGUUUGGUUUCAAUGAUUUUAAUGCGCACCCUCCGGAAUGACUAUGCUAAAUAUGCUCGGGAAGAUGAUGAUCUGGAGACAAUGGAACGGGAUGUGAAUGAAGAAUCUGGUUGGAAACUUGUCCAUGGUGAUGUGUUUCGGCAUCCCAUAAAUCUGUCUCUACUUUCAGCUGUUGUUGGCACUGGCGCUCAGCUUGCAACUCUGGUUCUGCUCGUCAUUAUUUUAGCAAUUGUUGGAAUGCUGUAUAUAGGGAGAGGAGCAAUUGUCACAACCUUUAUUGUGUGUUAUGCUCUUACAUCAUUCAUUGCCGGUUAUGUUAGUGGUGGCAUGUAUUCCCGCAGUGGGGGUAAAAGCUGGAUAAAAUCGAUGAUUCUCACGGCAUCACUUUUCCCUUUAAUGUGCUUUCUUAUUGGGUUCAUCUUAAACACAAUCGCCAUAUUUUAUGGCUCCCUAGCUGCUAUUCCCUUCGGUACAAUCGUUGUUGUUCUUGUCAUAUGGGCUUUUAUUUCUUUACCCUUGGCACUUCUUGGUACUAUUGUUGGAAGAAAUUGGAGCGGCACUCCAGACAAUCCUUGUCGUGUGAAGACCAUCCCACGUCCAAUCCCUGAGAAGAAGUGGUAUCUCACGCCAACUGUUAUCUCUCUCAUGGGAGGCUUGCUUCCCUUCGGAAGCAUUUUUAUUGAAAUGUAUUUUGUGUUCACUUCCUUUUGGAAUUACAAGGUGUACUAUGUAUAUGGCUUUAUGCUACUUGUGUUUGUAAUUUUGAUCAUUGUCACCAUUUGUGUAACUAUAGUGGGGACAUAUUUCAUGCUGAAUGCUGAGAACUAUCAUUGGCAAUGGACUUCAUUCUUAUCUGCUGCUUCCACUGCACUUUACGUCUACUUCUAUUCUAUAUAUUACUAUCACGUGAAGACUAAGAUGUCGGGUUUCUUCCAGACCAGCUUUUAUUUUGGCUACACUUUGAUGUUCUGUGCUGGUCUCGGAAUAUUAUGUGGCGCAGUUGGCUAUCUCGGCUCCAAUUUGUUCGUUAGGAGGAUUUACAGAAACAUCAAAUUGUUCGACAAAAUUUGUGACUAUGAAUUGGGUCUCAAGAUCUUCGACUGGGUGUCGCAGAAAAGCUUUUCUCUUGAUGGGUUUGCCUAUUCUUCGCUUUUGAAGCUCUUGGCUAGGUCUCAAGUGUCUACGGAGAAUGGAAAUUUGUUGGCGGAGUGUGUGAAAUGUGAAAGGAAGUUGCCUACGAGUGAGGCGUUAGAUGUUGUUAUCCAAGCCCAUGCGGAAUCUGGGCAGGUUGAGAAUGCUCUCGAGUUGUAUUCAAUUGUGUUGAAAAAGUAUAAUGUGGUGCCCCAUGUUUUGGCUUGUAAUUCUUUACUUAAUGGGCUUGUAAAGAACGGGAAAAUUGAAAUUGCACUAAAUGUAUAUGAGGAAAUGGUGAAGAGGGAUGAUGGUAUUGAGUCUAUUGACAAUAUUUGUGUAGAUAAUAGUGUUUGUAUAAUGGUCAGAGGGUUGUGUAAAGAAGGGAAGGUUGAGGAAGGUAAAAAGUUAAUUGAGAAAAGGUGGGGAAGGAAUGCCAUUCCGAAUAUUGUGUUCUAUAAUACUCUUAUUGACGGGUAUUGCAAGAGAGGGGAUGUUGACAGAGCUCAUGGGCUUCUCAACGAGUUGAAAUUGAAGGGAUUUUUGCCCAUGGUGGAGACAUAUGCAGCUAUAAUAAACGGGAUUUGCAAAGAAGGGAGUUUUGAGGAACUUAGUGAACUUUUAAAGGAAAUGGAAUCAAGGGGCAUCCAAGUUAACAUUGAAGUGUAUAAUAGCAUAAUCGAAGGUAGAUAUAUGCAUGGCUGUGUUGGGGAUGCAGUAGAGACAAUGAGGAAAAUGAUUGAGAAUUUUACAGAAAGAAAACUAUCUUCUUCUUUUGAAUUCUCUCAAAAUCAAGUUUUUCCAGCUGGGUUCCCAACGAAAUCACUUGUUUUCGAGAUGGGGGCUGUCAAUUCGGAGCUGGAAGAAUUAUUCCAGGAGAAAAAGCGAGUUAGGAAUCCCUUUGUCCCUAUAGGUGCACUCAUUACAGCGGGAGUACUCACAGCAGGUCUGAUUAGUUUCAGACAGGGAAAUUCUAACUUGGGUCAGAAACUAAUGAGAGCUCGCGUGGUCGCCCAAGGUGCUACUGUGGCUCUAAUGGUUGGAACAGCUUAUUACUAUGGGGAGAAAUUUUGA